AGGGGUUGUCGGUGGUCAUCGAAGACAGGGGAGAGGUACAUGCUGUCCUGGUGAUUCAGCUCUGGCCCAUGCGAAGUCACGAGACCGGAAGGAGAUGAUGCGACUGUCCAUAUGGCUCUGUCUGGCCUGAUGGAUUUUGAUAUCACUGUGUACUGUACUGUGAUCUUCCGAUAUGUAUGUGAUGUGAUGGAUGGUGGGCAAACAAACACCUUCUUCCCCACGCACGCGGAAAGGCGCGCCCACGAGAUUUCCCCACUCCCGCACUUUUUCCGCCGUCACGGAGACAUGCAGGUGUGUGUGGACAACUCGCUGCGGGUGGGUCCCGAUUGCGGCUGUGGAAGUGGUGGUUUCGGUGUCCGCGGAGGACCAAGAGCCAUUUCUCGCAAGAUUACGUCUCGACCUUGUUGGACAAGACCCACCGAAGAGGCCGGCCAGGGAUCUCGUGGAUGCCGAUGCACACCAGAGAGAUCAUCACCGGGUCGGAGGUUGAUCUUCACCCGAGCAGCGGUUCAUCUCGGACCCUGUCAUCAUCACCACCACCAUCAUCAGCAACAAAUCGCCAUGCCGCAGAUGGGAAAAUCUUUCAUGUAUGUUCCCACGUGAGCAGGUUUGGCGUGGCCGUUCCGAGCAGGACAAAUUACUCGGGCUGUACUGUACACACAGUCUAACGUGACAAAACAUCUUUAAUCCCUGUCACCACGAUU